AUGUCCCCCUCCGCCAAUGAUCAGAAAAUACAGGAUGAAAAGUUCCUCGAAUACAUCUACACCCACCUAAACAAACAGUUGAUUCCAUCAGCCAACCCCGAGUACGAAAACAUGGUGCUCGGGAGGCCAUACAACCCAGUGGAUCCAGAGUUAGUGGUCAAACGAUGCUUGGUCAACGACUACUUAACCUACUUCAAUAAUGAAAUCACCCUUUCCGGUAUUAUGAAAGACCAUGCUGCAAACGAACCAAACUCCCUGACAGAGCUUUCCCUUGCCAAAGAUCCCGAGUUUCCAGGACUUGAGGACAUGGUGGCGACGAUUACUGAUUUGCAAAAAGCCUCGAAGUUCCCACAAUUAUUACAAGAUAAGCGCUCCAGGUUCUUAAACAAGUACGUCUUGGGGAAAAUGGGUAGAAACUGCUUCUUCGAACCCCCAGUAUUUUUCGAUUACGGCUUCAACACCAUUGUCGGCGAUAACUUCUAUUGCAAUUUUAAUUGUGUCUUCCUCGACUGCUCGUUGAUCGAGAUUGGUGACAACGUCAUGCUCGGCCCAGGUGUCAAUCUCUUGACUGCCACUCACCCAUUAUCUUCUGCCGAAAGAAACUUCAAAGGAAUCGAGCUCAGUUAUCCCAUCUAUAUUGGAGACCAGUGCUGGUUGGGGAGUAACGUAGUUGUGUGCCCAGGAGUUAGGUUGGGAAAGCGAUGCGUGGUUGCUGCUGGCGCCGUGGUGACCAAAAGCUUUGAUGAUGGCUGUUUGUUGGCAGGUGUUCCUGCUAAAGUCAUCAGAGUCAUCGAUGAAUCAGAAGAUAUUGACGAAUUUGUUCGCCAGCAAAAGCAAGAGUUGGAUAGAUUACAGAAUAUUUAG